CCCGUAGACUUAGUAAGUGACAUUCAAAUAAUCCGGUUCAUGUCGCGGGAAUUGAUAAUUCAUCGAUUUAUAGCAGCGCUUAUGGUGAAAUUACAGUAGUACCGAAAAAAGAAAAUCUUGCAAAAUAAAUUUGAAAAAAUUUGCUAAUGUAAUUCAUUGGCUCAUUUCUGACAAAUUCAAUCAGUGGGAUGUCGUCGUGAAUCAAUAGACAGUAUAAAUGAAAGGGAUGCACCGAGAAAAGAAACAACCAUUUUUGGAAACUCCGAGGACCAUAACUAAACAAAUUGAAAGCUACAUUGCCAAAAAUGCAUGGGAAGAUGAAUGCCGAGCCCAUAAAGCAUUGAUCCUUUUAAAAGCCAGAGACAAGAAAAUAGCUUAUCUAGAAAAACGGGUAUUUGAACUUGAAAAUGCUACUACUCAAAUGCACGCGUUAUAUCUUCAAAGAUCGCAAACAAUGUCAAGUAUGGAAAUUUCCAACAAGGAAAGCUGCAUUGGACGCUAUCAGUCAAAUAAAGUUUUUGACGUUCAAGAUAACAAAACCGAAAGUGACGUCUCCUCAAAAAACUUGCUCUCAGAUUUGCGAAACAGCUCAUCAGAUGAAAAGAACCUUCCAUUUUCGACUUCAAACUUAUUACAUCCGGUUCCUACUUUGAAACUUCCGGCCUUGUCUACGUCUAACUCUGAAAAGGACGUUUACUCGACACCAGCCACGGUCCUUACACAAGGCGAUUUUAACCGCUUGAAAACUUUGAAACAAAAUAAAGCAGAGGAAUUUGAACAAAGUUAUAAUUGCGAGAGCCAUGAUCUGACGGAUCAGAUUUCAUGUUCAAAUUUUUUGGAGAAAGAGACUGAUAGUUCUUUUGAGAAGUUGGAAACUCAAGAUAAAGUUAUUAUUGAUCAGGGGAAUCUUGAUGACUAUUUAUUGACUAAUUGUAACACUCGAGGAAAUCAGAAAGUGCUGAAGGAAGUUUCCGGAAGUGUGUGCGUCGGACAAAGUCAGAUAUCCUGCUGUUCCCUGAAUUUGAUAGUCGGUAUUGCCACAGUAUCGCGAUCUGAAGAUCCUUCCUGGACUCGUAUCAAGGGAUCUCCGAUCAAUGACUUAGCUGGCAAUAAAACACUUGAGAAAAGCCCGUACGUGAUCCAGCAAACUAAAAGCCGGUCCAUGUUUCCCGCGAGGGCUUCCUCCAGCGUGCCCUGGAUUCGAAUGAAGCGAAACUUCCGCAAAAAGAAACGUGGUGGUUUGGCGGAUUCCAGACUCGGGAGGACCGAAAACGUGUUGCAAACAUCGAAGAUCAGAGGUUUCAAGUCGGGAAAGCUGUCGUUAGCUGCACCCAUGGACGUGACAUCUCUGGACACGCACGUCCACGACCCGGAUCGUGAUUCAACCAAGCCGACGAUGUUGGAUUGGUCUUCCUCUCUCCUUAAUUCUUGAUCGCAAGUUAACGAGACGUUGCCACUAACCGCUGGACAAGUAAAUUACGCGAGUUACUUUGAGAUCAGAAGUCAGCUCUGCUAACGGCCGACCGUUAGGAGACGUUGUCAGAAAAGCAUACUCAUUUGUUUUUGGCAAAUCCCGAUGAUUUCAGAUGAAGUGAUAGA